CGACUUCCGGGGGAGGGAGGAAGCGGGAGUAUGUUAAGACUAAUGGAUUUAGUUUCAAUCAUGGAGGUCUGUCAGGUGAGGACCUAGCUCCCAAAGCCAGCGCUGAGUCUACAACUUCUCCUAAGAGGUGUUCCGGCCGGCGUUGGGGUCUCUGCGGAGGCGGCUAAAUCGGCCGCAGUUUCUGCCAUGGUUGCGCCCGCUGUGUUGCGCGCUCUGCGUAAGAACAAGACCCUUCGCUAUGGAGUUCCCAUGUUGUUGCUGGUUGUUGGUGGUUCUUUUGGUCUUCGCGAAUUUUCACAAAUCCGAUAUGAUGCUGUGACAAUUAAGAUUGAUCCUGAAUUGGAGAAAAAAUUGAAAGUGAAUAAAAUAACUUUAGAGUCAGAGUAUGAGAUUGGAGCCUAACUUAACUGUCCUCUGAGAGGCUCCACCCAACAGCUGACUGAAACAGAUGCGGAGAUUCACACCUGACCAUUAGAUGGAGCUCGGGGAGUCUUGUAGAAGAGGUGAGGAAAGGACUGAUGUACCAGAAGAAGACAGAGACUUCAAGGGAAGACCAUGAGUCAACUAACCUGGACCCUUGAGGGCUUCCAGAGACUGAACCACCAACCAAAGAUAGAUCCUGGGCCGGACCUAGCACUGCUACACAUAUGUAGCAGAUGUGCAGGUUGGUCUUUAUGCUGGUUCCCCAACAACUGGAAUGGGGGCUAUCCCUGAAUCUCUUGCUUGCCUAUUGAUCCAGUUCCCCUAACUGGUCUUCCUUGUCUGGCCUCAGUGGGAAAGGAGAUGUCUAGUCCUGCAGUAACUUGUGCUGUCAGUAGGAUUGCUACCCAAGGCAACGUCCCCCACUUCUCAGCGGAGAAGGUGAAAAGAGAAUGGGGGGGGAGGGUUUUUGUGAGGAGUACUGAGAAAGUGUGAUAUUGGGAUGUAAAAUGAAUAUAUAAAUUCAAAAACCACACACACAGCAUGCCACACAUAGCGCAGAGAGAGAACUAGAAGAAAUAUUCAAAGCAAGAGAUGAAUGAGUCAAAAGAACAAAAAGCAUUAAAAAAAAACCUAAAAGGACUAUUUGAUUCCUCCAGAAGAUUAUAUAAAUUCUCAACCAAUAAAUUCAAUGACACCAAAACAGGUAAAAUGCAGAUGAAUGUUAUCAACAUGAAAGGAAAACUCAGCAAAUUGUAUGAGGAAAAGCAUAGGUGUGGAUAGAAACCCAGCAAUACCAGAAAACACUUCAGCGAGGAAAUUGGGAUUUUUGAAGAAAAAAAUAGAAAUGUAGAAGUGGAAAAGAGAAACGUUCAAAUAUGAAACUCGGGGGAAAGUAACAUUUGCCAAUGGUGGGGCCUGGCAGAGAGAGAGAGAGAGAGAGAGAGAGAGAGAGAGAGAGAGAGAGAGAGAGCGCAUCAAACGGGGAUAACAAAAAGGACAAAAUACUUCACUCAUAUCAGUAAGGAAAAAUAUAUAAUUGACUAUAAGCACAAAAGCCAAGAAUUCUGGGAUAUGAUCAAAAGAUCAAUCUUCAGAAUCUAUGGGCUAGGAUAAGGAACUAGGCUUCAAACUAAUAGCAGGAUGAAUUUGUUCAAUGAACUUAUACCUCAUUUCCCCAAAUCUAGAGAAAGAAAUAGAUAUUAAAGCAUAAGAUCCAAAUUAAUGAAAUUAAAGAUGAAAAAAAGUUUUUACUAUAGCUUCCAGUUUAACACAGAGAAUUAUUACAAUAUACUUUGAAAACUUGUAUUUCAAAACAUUUAUUUAUAUAUAAAACUUUAUAUUUCAACAAACCUGGAAUAUACUGAAGAAAUGGAUAAGUCCCCAGACAAAUAUAAACUGCCAAAUCACAAAUGUUAACAAUCUGUACAGAUAUGCCAAUAAACGGGAGUGAGACAGUAAAAACAUGUUCCCCAACAAAGAAAAGCCAAGAACCAAGUGAGUUCACUGUCAAAUUCUCCCAAAUCUCAGAAGAAGAGCAAGCCCCCAAACUCUUCAAACUGUUAAUAUGAUUGGAAGAAAAUGAGUGUAAGCAAAUGCAUGCUACAUGCUAACACUGUCUUUAUACCCAGGCAGGAUAAGGACACGCUGAGAAAGAAAACUGUGCAUCGAUUGCCAAUUUGCAGCUAAACUCUUGAAAAUUAAAUUCAAGAGCACAUUAAGUGGGCAGGAAAUAUAGCUCAGUUCAUAGAAUUCUUGUCUAUCUGGCAUGCCUGAAGCUAUAGAUUCAACCCCUAGCACCACAAACUGAGUGUGGUGAUGCAUAAGUCUCAGUAAAAGCAGGAGUUCAAGGCUACCCUUAUCGAUGGAGUAAGUUCAAGGUCAACCUGAGAUACAUGGCAUGAUGUCUUAAAAGUGUCAAAGGAAAAUAAAACAGAAAGAGAGGAACAUAUUAAAAAACAUGUAUACCAUGACUGAGCUAUCUUCACUCUAGGAAUGAUGCAAGGUGGGUUCAAUAUAUGCAAAUCAAUAAGUGAGAUCCAGCACAUGAACAACCACAAGGGACAGAAAUCACACGAUCAUCCCAGACAAUGAGAAAAGACCUUGACAAAGCUAAAUGGCCCAUCAUGAUGGAAACCCUGAAAAAAAAAUAGAAGGAAUAUACCUCAACACAAUAAAGGCUGUAUGACAAACUUAUAGUCUACAGUAGUCUAACUAGAGAAAAACUGGCAUUUCCUCUAGAAUCUGGAAUGAGAAGGGCAUGUGUCCUGUCUUCCCUGUUACUCAAUAAAGCACUUAACAGCCUUAGGCCAAUGAGACAAGACAAACAAACAAAAACUAGAAAAGGAAGAAGUCAACAUAUCUAUUUUCAGAUGACAUGAUCCUGUGAUAAAAUGAUCCUAAAGACACUAUUGGAUAAUUCUUAAGCCUGAUAAACACUUUCAGUAGAGUAGGAUGAUACAAAAACCAGUAGCUUUAAUACCAACGGUAAGCCUUCUGGCAAAGAAUUCAAGGGGAAAGUGUGAUUUGCAAAAGUUAAAAAAAAAAAAAGCCUCGUAAUAAACACAACUGAGGAGGUUGAAACCUCUGCCUACGUUGAAAACUUUAGAUACUGAAGACAUCCUGUGUUCAUGGAUGGGUGGGAUUAAUAUUAAGGAAAUAGUUGUAUUACUGAAAACAAUCUAUAAAUCUAUCUAUCUAUCUAUCUAUCUAUCCAUCUAUCAUCUAUCUACUUACCCAUCUGUCAUCUAUCUAUCUAUCUAUCUAUCUAUCUAUCUAUCUAUCUAUCUAUCUAUCUAUCCUUGAUGCGGCUCUUACAAUCUUCACAGAAAGGGGCAGAGGGGUAAGUCCUAAAAUUCUUAUGUAAGCACAAAAGGCUUCAAAUGUCCAAAGUAAUCUUUAGUAGAAUGACCAAUGCUCCAGACAGCAGAGCAUAUGACGUCAGUUUAUGUCUUAGAGCUAUUGUAACAAAACAGCAUGGUACUCUCACAAAAGCAGUCAUAUAGAUGAAUAAAAUAGAUAGGACCUAGAAAUAAACUCACACAGUUACAGACAACAACUCUUUGACAAAGCAGAAACAUACAACUGGGAAAAGAAAAAUCUCUUCAACAAAUGGUUGAAGAGAUUCCCAUAUGUUAAAAGAAUCAGAAUGGGAUCAAAGGCUUUUAUGUAGGACCUGAAACUUUGACUCUGCUCGGAACAAAUGUAGGGUAUGUAGUUCAAUGUAUAGGCAUAGGCAAAGGUUUUCUGAAAUGGAUUCCAGUAGUGCCUGGAAUAAUACCCAGACUUACGGAAGGGGUUGAAUGAGAUUCAAAGGCUUCUGCACAGCAGAGGAACUCAUCUGCAGAUAAGAGACAGCCUACAGAAUGGGAAAAUGUUUUUCAGCUACAUAUCAAACAGGGGGAUUCAUACACAGGAUAUACCAAGAAUACCAAACUGCCAAACCAUUCAAUUGACACAUAGGCCAAUAGACUGAAAUUCUUUUUUAAAAUGCCCAAUAUCUUUAGCCAUCACGGAAAUGUAAAUUAAAAAUGCUUGCAAAUUCUAUCUCUCCUCGGGUCAAAAUAGUUAUCAUCAAAACCAAAAAAUCCACCAAACAAAAAGAAAUAAGGCCUGGAGAGAUGGCUGGGCAGGUAAGGCUGCUUUUCUCAAGGACCCUGGUUUGAUUUCUAACACUCACAUUAUCUGUAACUCCAGAUCUGACAUACUCUCCUGGCCUCUAUAGUCAUACACACAUGGCACACAAACACAGCUGCAAGAAAACACAUAUACACAUAAAAUAAUUUAAAAGGAAAAGAAACUCUAUUGAGAAUGGGAGGGGAAAGGACUCCCUUAUUCACUGCAGCAAGGUAGGUAAAUGUGAGUGACCACUGUGGAAAUCAGCCUUGUAAAACUGAAGAUAUGAGAGGCCUCAGCGUCUAACAAGAGAUGAAUGGAUAGAGAAAAUAUGGUACAUAUACACAGUGUAGUUAUAUGCAGCCACAAUAAAAAAAAAAAAACAAAAACAAAACCAAAAAACGAGAUGACAUUUGCAGAAAAAUAGAAGCGACUGGAAAUCAUCAUGUUAAUUAAAAUAAUCAAGAUUCAGUGAAACAAAUAGUGCUUGUUUUCUCUCAUGUGAAAAACCUAUAUUUAAAACUAUAUUUAUGCACAUGUAUGUGUGUUUAUUUAUGUAUUGUGAUGAGCGUCAGGAGAUAGGAGGAUGAGGUUUUAAGUGAGAUGAGAAACUGAGUAACGAUACCAUAAGAAAGCAGAAGUGAGGCCAGAAGUGGCGGUGAAAGGUCUUUGAUCCAAGCACUUGGGAGGCAGAGGCAGUCGUAUCUCUGAGUUCCAGGACAGGACAGCCAGGGUUAUGUAGAAAGACGCUGUUUCAGAAAGGAAGAAAAAGGAAAGAUAGGAGGCAUGGAGGGAGGGGGGAAGGGAGGAAGGGAGAAGUGGGAACUAUCUGGGAGAGGAGAUGGAACCAACUAGAAAUGGGGAGGAAGGGAACACAUAAGAACAAAGGAUGAUGACACAUAUGUAUGAAAAUAUGAUGAAAGCCAUUGUUUAUACACUAACCUACAAAGUUAAUUACAAAAUUAAAAGAACCUAUCACAAUAUCAUGCCAAUUAACAUGACUACAUGUGAAAUAGACAAAUUCUUUGAGAAACACAACUUACUACUCUGAAAUAAAAGCUAGUGAGUGCACAUGUACCUUAAAUUUACACGCAAUGUUGUUGUAUGAAGGACAGAACAGUAUGUUAGCCAAAUAUGACGCCCAUGGAAGCCUGGAGAGGUGAAGAAAGGAUUCUUCCUACAACACAUGUUAUACUUUAGUUUCAGCCCAGUGAAACUAUGCUUAACUUCCAGCCUCCCAAACGAGAUAACAAAUUUUCUUUUAAACUUCUUUUUUUUUUGUUUUGCUUUGUUUUUUGUUUUGAGACAGGGUUAUGUUAUGUAACCUAGGGUGGUGCCUCACUCUCUCUGCUGGAAUGUGUGUGCAUGGUGGCACUCACUUUAAAUCCCACCACUGGGGAGGCAGAGGCAGACUGAUCUUUUCGAGUUCAAGGCCAGCAUGGUCCACAAAACAAAUUCCCGGCCACCCAGGGCUACAGAGUGAGACUUCUAUCUCAAAACAAGACAAACAAGAAUAAGCAAAAACAAAAAAGAAACUGGCUUUCCCCAGUAUUCUUCCAAAGCAUAAAGAAGAGGGGUUACCUCUUAGCUCGCUUGAUAAAGCUAAAAACUUUGAUAUCAAAGUAAAUAGAAAAAAAAGCAGGCCAAUCUUGGAUUUGAAUGUAGACAGAGAAAUUAACAAAUGACAAGUGAAUGAAAUUGAGUGACACAUUUAAAGAGACAAUAGGACGUAGCAGUGUGGUUACUCCAGGAAUGUUAGGAUGAUGUCAUAAAAGAAGAUAUCUCACAUAGAUGUCUCAAUAAAUGGAUUUGCUAAUGUUUAACACACAUUCACGAUUUUAAACCUGAACAGUGAAAACAAAUCUCAAGAAACUGAAGAGAGGAAUUCCACUCCUCCAAAAAUUUUCUAUAAAGCACAAACAGGAAUGUCAUGGCUAAUGAGACAAGAUGGAAAGGACUUUCACUGAGCUGAAGAAAGAAACAGAAAGGCCUGCCAUGCCCACUUCUACUGAGCAUAUUUUAAAUCCUAACCAGUGGGGGAAAAAUAAAGGAUUCCAAAGAAAGAAACCUGUAAACACAGUUACAUGAAAAAAAAAAAAAAAGCAGAGUGAAACAGCUGCAGAUAUGUAUGUCAUUCAAAGUAAACUUCAUAGCCCUGCAAAC